AUGGCAGAAACAUUCAAGCUGAGUGUUCGACAUGGCAAGACCUAUCUGCUUCGAGUGAUCAAUGCAGCACUGGAACAAGUUCUCUUCUUUGGAAUUGCCAAUCAUAAACUGACAGUGGUGGGGACAGAUGGAAGCUACAUAAAGCCCGUGAAAGUAGAUUACAUCACAAUCUCACCUGGUCAGACUAUGGAUGUUCUAUUAGAAGCAAACCAACCAAUAGAUCGCUAUUACAUGGCUGCCAAAGCAUAUUCCAGUUCUCCUAAUGUCCUUUUUAGCCCUUUAAACACCACUGCCAUCCUUCAAUACAAACGAAGCAGACAAAAUAUGCCAACUUCAACAGUCCCUUCCAUGCCUUUGCUUCCAAACUCAAACGACACCAUCGCAACUACCGAGCAACUGAGCCAAUUGAAAAGCUUAGCAGACAAGAACCACCCCAUUGAUGUGCCAUUAGAAAUAAGCACCAAGCUUUUCUACACAGUGUCUGUGAACACCUUACCAUGUAAGAAUGGUUCAGCAUGUGCUGGUCCAAUUAAUGGCAAUCGUCUUGCUGCCAGUAUGAACAAUAUCAGCUUCCAAUUGCCUCCUGGGGCUAACAUCUUGCAGGCUUACUAUAACAACGUUAGUGGCGUUUAUGGGGACAAGUUCCCAGAUAUGCCGCCAUUGAACUUUGAUUUUACAGGAAAUGAUUUGCCUCAGUUCUUGUUGACUCCAUCAGUGGGCACGGAGGUGAAGGUCCUUGAGUACAGAUCCACGGUGGAGCUUGUUCUUCAGGGAACUAAUGUGCUUACUGGAACAGAACAUCCUAUUCACUUGGAUGGAUAUAGUUUCUAUGUCGUAGGCUGGGGAUUCGGAAACUUUGACGAGCAAAAGGAUCCUUUGAAUUACAACCUUGUUGAUCCUCCCUAUCAAAACACUGUGACCAUACCCAAAAAUGGUUGGGUCGCCAUUAGAUUCACUGCUGACAAUCCAGGUGUUUGGUUCAUGCAUUGUCAUUUGGAGCGUCACGUGACAUGGGGAAUGGCUAUGACUUUCAUUGUGAAGAAUGGUAACAAUCCUGACCAACAGAUGCUACCACCACCAACCGACAUGCCCAAGUGUUGA